AUGAAUCAGUCCAAAGUCGCCAGCGAGGCGCCACCGCCCUACACACCUGCUCCCAAUGCAGCAGCCAGCAAUACAGCCACGAGCAGCAGCACUACUGCAACAACGCAAGACACCGCCGAUGACCCAUAUUCCUUCCUCCAUACCUUUGACACCAUCUUCCUCAUCGACGACUCCGGGUCCAUGGCUGGCAGUCGCUGGCGAGAAACGGCCGAGGCCCUCAAGGCCAUCACGCCCAUCUGUACUGGGCACGACCAAGACGGCAUCGAUCUCUACUUCCUCAAUCGCGCCGACUCCGCCCUCCACCAUGGCGUAAAGGACGUAGCGCGUGUGGAGCAAAUCUUCAACUCCGUUCGACCAGGAGGCGGCACCCCCACUGGACAGAGACUGGACUCCAUCAUCAAGCCUUACAUUCGCCAAUACACGGCCAACAAAGCGGGUACAAAGCCCAUCAACAUCAUCUGCAUCACCGAUGGUGAGCCUUCGGACGACGUCGAGAGUCCGCUGAUCUGGGCAGCGAAGAAGCUCGACAAACUCGACGCGCCUGCCUGGCAAAUCGGAGUGCAAUUCUUCCAGGUUGGGCGGGACGAACAAGCGCGAAAGCACCUUGCUGCCCUUGACGAUGAGUUGGCCGAGAUUUCAGGGAACGACGACUUGCGAGAUAUUGUGGACACCGUGCCCUUUACGGGCGAGGAAGGCACGACCCUCACAGGCGAUGGAAUCUUGAAGGUCGUGCUCGGGGCUGUGAACCGACGUUUGGAUCGCAAGAAGGUGGUAGACCUUCAUCAGUGA